AUGAGCUACGUGACAGCUGGCACGAUAUGGCCAGAUCCGCCAAUACCGAAGCCAUUCCAAGCGCUGGUGGAAAAGCUACUCGAGAUUGGAGAUGGCGCUGAUGCCAAUUCAGGAUACAGGAUGGCUACAGAAAUUUUCAGUCCAGACGGCGUGCUUGACCACGGAAGUUAUAAGUUUGUCGGCACUGAAGAGAUCACCAAUUGUCGCAGUAAACCUAAGCCUGGCAGGCAGAUCGUCAAACGACAGCAUCGGAUCUCACGAGUAUAUAGCCAGACAGCCAAAGGUGACGAUUUUGUUGUUGUAGGGGAGCUUAACGUGGUGUUCGACAACGGGAAAACCCUACGGAACCCACUCGCAGCAAGAGGGGUUAUCGAUGAGUCCACGGUUGACACCGAGCCGCGAUUGAAACUUUGGGCCCUCUUUGUUGACAUGGCUCCAAUGAUAGCGGCAGCUGGAUCAUGA